GAUUACUUGUCUUUUUGUUGGUAAGUUAUAGGAUUUUUAAACAUAUUCUAGAUAUUAGACCCUUGUUGGAUAUAUGGUUCCUGAAACUUUUCUCACAAUCCGUGGGUCAUCUUUUCAUUUUUUAAAUAAAGCCCUUUCAUACAAUUAUUUAAUUUUUUAUGAGGUCCAAUUUAUCUGUUUCGACUUUUGCUACUUGGGCUUUUGUUGUCAUUUCUGGUAAUUCACCAUUAAAAACAGGUCCCACCCAUGCCCCUGAAUCAUCAUCUAAGAGUUUUAUGGCUUAAUUCUCCCAUUCAUGUAUUAUAUUAAUAUUAAUGUUUUAGUCUCAUAUGUGGAAUUGUGCCCUGCUCUUGCCACAUAGCAUAGUGUUGUGACUGCUUCCCCACACCCUUACAAGGCUUUAAAAAUGAAGUUUUACUGAUGACUGACCUGACGGAACACAACAGAGAGCCCCCGAGGGAGCAGGAGAGCAGUGGGAUGCAGACCCCAAAUUCUCUUAAAAAGACCAGACUUAAUACUCUCACUGAGACUAGAACGACCCUGGAGGUCAUGGUCCCCAGACCUUCUGUUAGCUCAGGACAGGAACCAUUCCCAAAGCCAGCUCUUCAGACAGGGUAUUGAACUGGACAAUGGGAUAGAAAAUGAUACCGGUGAGGAGUGAGCUUCUUGGAUCAAGUAGGUAGCUACAUGAGACUAUGUGGGCAGCUCCUGUCUGGAGGGGAGAUGAGAGGGCAGUGGGGGGACGGGAGCUGGCCAAAUGGACACGAAAAUAGAGGGUGGAGAGAAGGAGUGCGCUGUCUCAUUAAGGCGAGAGCAACUAGGCGUAUAUAGGAAGGUGUAUUUAAGUUUUUAUAUGAGAGACUGACUUGAUUUGUAAACUUUCAUUUAAAGCACAAUAAAAAUUAAAAAAAAAGAUUUUAUAAGGUGCUAAUGUGUUUUUUUUAAUGUGAUGUAAAAUUUUUAUAUGCAUUGAAUGCCAUUAUAUUGGGCGAAAUACCUUAGUAUUUAGAGUAGAUUGUCAGUACUUUAGAUUGUUACUGUUCCUAGUUUAUUUUGUAUCUUAAAAUCUUUCCUUGGAUUAGUGUGUGUGUAUACAUACACACGUGUGUGUGCGUGCAUGCAUGUGUGUAUGGAGGAGCUCUGGUGGUGCAAACAACGAAGCACUCAACUGCUAGGUGCAAGGCUAGCAGUUUGAACACACCCAGCAGCUCUGCAGGAGAAAGGCCCGGCGGUCGGCGUCUGUGAAAGGUUACAGCCAAGGAAACCCUGUAGGGCGGUUGUACUGUGUCACAGGGGAUCGCUGAGUCGGAGUCGGCUUGUGUGGAUGGAAUUGGAGGAGAGAGUCUAGACAUUAAACGCAUUAAAGACAAGCAUUUCAGGAUCCCAAACUUGCUGCGUUUUGGAACUUAACAUGGAAAGUUUGGGCGUUAAAAACAUUUUUAUGAAGAACCCUCAGAUUUACUUAGAAUGGGAACGUCAAUCCGUAUAAGGGUUUCUCAGAAUUACUAUGGUCGAUUUAUGUAGAAUUCUGAAAACAAUUUAAGUUCUUUAAUCUAGUAACUUCACUUCCUAAAACCCAUCCCAAAGAAGUAACCUGAAAUAUAUUCAAAGAUGUUUAGCCAAAGGUGUUUUCAUAGAAUUAUCCGUUACAUAGAAUUACUCAUUAUGGUAAUAAAUCGUAAGCAACCUAAAUAUGCAGAAACAUGGUUAAGUAACCGGUGGUACACCCAUUUAUAAUAACUAAAAAUGCAUAUGAGGCAUAAAAAAUAAACACCUGUUUUCUUGUUAAGCAGAAUAUAAAAUUGUAUAGGUAAUAAGAUCUAAUUAUGUAAAAAAGUUGGUACUGGAAAUAGAGUGGUUAUUUUUUGAGUGGCAGAAUUAGUAUGGUUUUAUUCUCACCAUCUUUGUGCUUUUUAGUAUUUUCUAGAUUAAAAAAGUAAUUUCCGUUACGGAAUAUUUUUGUUUUUUCGGUUGGAUAGAACUACAGUAGUAAGGUGGUUUAGCUUCUCGAGAAUGCAAGCGACAGUGAUUUGGUUGGAUUCCUUUGACAGCAGAGUCCAGAACGUGUUGGAGAUGGAAAGAGGGGGGUAGUGGAAGGAGUGUAAAUUUUGUGUUUAACCCCAUCCAUGCUGCUUACGAGCUUUGUGGCCUUGGGGCUAAUCCCUCUUCACUUCUAAGCUCAGUUUAUUUGUAAAGUGAGUGUAAUACCUGCUUUGUAGUGUCAUUAAGAGGAUCAGCAGAUUGGCCACAAAGUGCUUGGCCUUUAAAAGUCAGUUGUUUUCGUCAUUAUUAGGUUGAGUAUUCAAGAGCCUCUGAAGCCUGAUGUUAUUGAAGUACCAUGUCGUUCUGUUUGCAAACAGGCAUCCCAGUAGCUUUUGAGAACUACCUGUGGGAUCUGUAUUCAAGGGCGACAUGAUCAUAUAACUAAAGGAAACCUAUCUGUGACAUGCCUGGGUAUGAUGGAUUUUGACAGUGAAAGAACAUUAACUUCGCCUACAAAGUGGUGACAGACAUCUUUCCUGACAGGGAUGGAGGAGAGAGGACUUCCCUUGUAGAACCUGGGUAACCCAGCUUGGAGAGAAUAGAAGGUCUUUCAGUCACCUCUUUUGGGGACAGGAGUUUUUUGUAUUCAUCGUUAUUCAUUCUGAAGCCCCUGAAGACAAGUCCUUGUGCGCCUGCCUGUUCUUUGAUGCACCUGAUUUUGUUGGUCAGGUUUUAUUGAUGCUUUCACUUUUCACUGUGUGUCAGUGCUCUCUGUGUACAAGAAAAGUCAACAAUUGUUUCAUUCAUGCCAAAUACCAGGAAAAGGCAGGCUAACUUUUGUCUUCAAAAUAUUGCAAAUAGGAUAUUAUGGGUAGUAAUCACUAGUAUUAAUAAAAAAAUUACAGAAAACUUACAUGUAUCUUUAAUAAAAUGUCAUAGUGAACUUCCGUGGACCCUUCCUGUGCCCCAGAGAGUCACUGCAGCUGCCCUUGCCCUUUGCUCCGUCAGAUACCUGAAGCCUCUGAUGCUAGGCCGUGGAAGAGAACCCGGGAGUCCCUGGUAUUCUUGUUGCGAUAGCCUUUGUUUCUGUGGGUCACCACUAAUCCUAAACUCUAGUUUUGCUUCAACUUUUUGUGUUUUACUUUUCUCUACCUUAACCAAAAUUCCCUUUUUAAAUCUUGGGACAUCUGGCGUCUCUGCCUGGGGGCUUGUACGUGGACAAGCUAAUUACCCAGGUGCCUUGAGGAUUGUAGAGAUAAAUCCAGAUGUAUUUCUCUCCAGUCCCCGAGAAAGCUGUGUGCCCCCCGCCAUGUUAAAUUCCACCCACACUUCAUAUGGACAGUGAGGUAUCUGUUUAUUUCUUAUGACAAACUCUGUUCUCCAUUUAAAAAAUAAUUUCUUGUUCUAUAUAGAUUAAGGAAGCCCUGGUGGCGUAGUGGUUAAGUGCGAUGGCUGCUAACCAAAAGGUCAGCAGUUCAGAUCUCCAAGGUGCUCCUUGGAAACUCUAUGGGGCAGUUCUACUCUGUCCUGUAGGGUUGCUAUGAGUCAGAAUCGACUCGAUGGCAGUGGGUUGUAUAGAUUAAGAUUAUAGCUAAGGUUUCCAGUUGGUAGGCAGAGCCUGGCACAGAGUGUGAGCUAAGUGUUUUGGUGAGAGAAUGAAGGAAUAAUUGAGUUGUCUAACGUAGUGGAAAAGUCAUAUCUGGUAAAAUGUUUAGCUCCCAACUAAUGAGGUCCUUCCAGAAGUUGCUCUAAAUAUGUACUAGGUUUGGGAUUGGGAGGUUGUACUCAGGAGCUUCUAAGCCUUCUUGCUGUCAUAAGUCAUGGAACUGACAGAGUCACAAUAAUAACCCAGUAAAGGCCCCCCCCCUUUUUUUACUUGUGCUCUAAGUGAGAGUUUACACAUCAAGUCAGUCCCUCAUACAAAACCUUAUGUACACCUUGCUGUAUAUUCCUAACUGCUCUCCCCCUAAUCAGACAGCACAUUCCUUCCCUCCACCCCGUGUUUCCGUGUCCAUUCAGCCAGCUUCUGUCCCCCUCAGCCUUCACAUCUCCCCUCUAGACAGGAGCUGCCCAGAUAGUCUCAUGUGUCUGCUUGAUCCAAGAAGCCCACUGCUCCCCAGUAUCAUUUUUUGUCUUGUAGUCCAGUCCGAUCCUUGUCUGGAGAGUUGGCUUUGGGAAUAGUUCCUGUCUUGGGCUAACAGAAGGUCUGGGGGCGAUGACCUCUGAGAUCCCUCUGGAAAGGGCCUUUUUUUAAAAAAAAAAAAAAAAAUUAUUUUGCUUUAGGUGAAAGUUUACAACUCAAAUUAAUUUCUCAUUCAAAAAUUUAUGUAAUUCUGUUUUGUGACAUUGAUUACAGUCCCCACAAUGUGGCAACACAUUCCCCCUUUCCACCCUGGGUUCCCUGAGUCCAUUCGUCCAGUUCCAGUCCCUUCCUGCCUUCUCAUCCUGCUUUUGGACAGGAGCUGCCCAUUUGGUCUCAUAUAUUUGAUGGAACUAAGAAGCACGUUUCUCACACGUAUUAAAUUUUGUUUUAUAGGCCUGUCUGAUCUUUGAAAAGUGGGCUUUGGGAAUGGUUUCAGUUUUGGAUUAACAGAGUGUCCAAGGGCCAUGCUUUCAGGGGUUCCUCUAAUCUCUGUCAGACUAUUAACGUUGGGUCUUUUUUGUGAUUUCGAAUUCUACAUUUUUCUCCUGCUCUAUCCGAGACUCCGUUGUGUUUCCCUUCAGGGGAGUCAUCGGUAGUAGCCGGACACCAGGUAGUUCUGCUCUGAGGCUGGUGGAGUUUCUGGUUCAUUUGGUCUUUUAGUCCUUGGGGCCAGUAUUUCCUUGUGUCUUUGGUUUACUUCAUUCUCCUUUCUUCCAGGUGGAAUAGGACCAGUAGAUGUAUCUUAGAUGGCCAUUCACAAGCUUUUAAGACUGCAGACGAGCCCCCCCGCCCUUUUUAAAUAAAAAAGGGAAACAGAUCCGUAGACUUGUCCAGUGACAGCUAGUAAGAGGCAGAGCCAGGAUUUGAACCCAGGUCUUUGUAGCUGCAAAGGCUCAGUAUCUUACAUGUAACGGCACGUUGUGCACACAUGUAUCUUUGCUUAUGUCGGAUUCCUUCAGUGGAGUGUGUGUCAUAGUGAGCCUGUAGGUUCUCGCAGUAGCUACUGUUGAGUAAUCAUUUAAUGUCUGGAAGAAAUACAUCCUAAGUCCUUUGUGAAUCCCUAAUUUAGAAAUGCUAUAAUAACAUAAUUUCUUCAAAAGGUACAGUGACAUAAAGCAAAAACAUUUAAUGGUCCCUCCAAACUCUUUUUGAGAGUUAAGUGUAGUUAUUAAGGUCAAGUAGAGAUCCACAAAUUACAUGAAAUCAGUAACUGCGGUUGCCAGUGAGCAGCCUCUGUUGAAGGUCCUGUGACCUGUAGAUUUGUAGAGCCUGGAAGGACUUCAGGAGUUAGUUAGUACCCCUUGUUUUCUGUGUUGUUUUCAUUUUCCAAUGGUCAACUGGUUUAUUAGAGGCUGAAUUGUGACUAAGGUCUUAUCUUUACUUUUUGAAAAUUGAAAUACUUAAGUUGUAAAUACUCUACAUUGAAAAUAAAACAUUAAAUGAUUAUUUUUCCUUGGUGAUGGGUGGGGAGGAGUGUUUAGAGUAGUUAUACCUACCUUAUUUUAGUUUUCCCUUUUGUGCCUGUAAAUUAGGACAUGAGUUACUGAAAUUUGGUUUUAGCUUAUGAUGAUGGUAAUCAUUUAUAUCACCCAGAUCAAAAUUUAAAAAUUCACUUGUGUUAUCUGUCUUUUAUAAAUAAACCAAUUAUUUAUUUUAGAGGACUAUCAAUAACAUUUUUUUAAAAAUAAAUUAUAAUGCCUGCCAACAUUUGCAGUGACAAUUGGUACCCGUUUGUAAAGUCAGAGGUGCUCAGUGCUCCCCUGAGAUGAUAAUGAAGUAGGUUUCUGUCCAUCUGUAAGGUAAUGAAGUCCUUGUUUGUUCUUUUGUUUUAGCAGUUGACAGUUUAGCGAUUGUCUGUGUGACUUGACUGAUGUUCUUUUCCCCCUGCUGUGUGACACUAUUGUUUGACUACACUUGAUUUUCCACGCCUCAUGACUCAGGGAAGGCUUGCGCUGGGUGAGCUCAGCUCUCUGUGUAUUCAUCAGGGUCAUGGAUUGUGAAGGCUGCUUUCUCCAUGAGAACUGCGUGCUUUCUCUGCUGCCUUACGUGUGAUGGAGCUGUGGAAGCCGGUCCCUGAGGUCUGAUGGGGUCCUGCAGCAGCCAAAGCGUGCAGAACGCAAGAAAGGGGAGAAAGGUAGUGCUACAGAAUAUUUUAGAAACAGAAAAUGAAUAUUCUAAAGAACUACAGACUGUGCUUUCAACUUAUCUGCGGCCAUUACAGACCAGUGAAAAGUUAAGUUCAGCAAACACUUCAUAUUUAAUGGGAAAUCUAGAAGAGAUAUGUUCUUUUCAGCAAAUGCUUGUACAGUCUUUAGAGGAAUGCACCAAGUUGCCUGAAGCUCAGCAGAGAGUUGGAGGCUGCUUUUUAAAUCUCAUGUCACAGAUGAAAACCCUGUACCUCGCGUAUUGUGCCAAUCACCCGUCUGCCGUCAACGUCCUCACGGAACACAGCGAGGAGCUGGGAGAGUUCAUGGAGAUGAAAGGUGCCAGCAGCCCGGGAAUUCUCGUGUUGACCACGGGCCUCAGCAAACCGUUUAUGCGCCUGGACAAAUACCCCACCUUACUCAAGGAGCUGGAGAGGCACAUGGAGGAUUACCACCCAGAUCGACAGGAUAUUCAGAAAUCCAUGACUGCCUUCAAAAACCUUUCAGCCCAGUGUCAAGAAGUUCGGAAAAGGAAAGAGCUGGAGUUGCAGAUCCUGACAGAAGCCAUCCGAAGCUGGGAGGGAGAUGACAUAAAAACCCUGGGCAAUGUCAUUUACAUGUCGCAGGUCAUGAUUCAGUGUGCCGGAAGUGAGGAAAAGAAUGAAAGGUAUCUUCUGCUCUUCCCAAAUAUCUUGCUGAUGUUGUCCGCCAGUCCUAGGAUGAGUGGUUUCAUCUACCAGGGAAAGCUACCGACGACAGGAAUGACAAUCACAAAGCUCGAGGACAGUGAAAAUCAUAAAAAUUCAUUUGAAAUAUCAGGGAGCAUGAUUGAGCGGAUAUUGGUGUCAUGCAACAACCAGCAGGAUUUGCACGAAUGGGUGGACCAUCUGCAGAAGCAGACUAAAGUCACAUCUGUCGGAAAUCCCACGAUUAAGCCUCAUUCUGUGCCGUCUCACACUCUUCCUUCUCAUUCAGUCACACCAUCCAGCAAGCAUUCAGACAGCAAGCCAGUGCCCCUGACUCCUGCAUACCACACUCUCCCACACCUUUCCCACCAUGGGACUUCACACACCACCAUUAACUGGGGACCUCUGGAGCCUCCCAAAACACCCAAACCUUGGAGCCUCAGCUGCCUGCGCCCUGCUCCUCCUCUCCGGCCGUCAGCUGCUCUGUGUUACAAAGAGGAUCUUAGUAAGAGUCCCAAGACCAUGAAAAAACUGCUACCCAAGCGCAAACCUGAACGGAAACCUUCUGAUGAAGAAUUUGCUUUGAGGAAAAGUACGGCUGCUUUAGAAGAAGACGCUCAGAUUUUAAAAGUUAUCGAAGCUUACUGCACGAGUGCCAAAACGCGGCAAACGCUGAACUCCACAUGGCAAGGCACUGACCUGAUGCAUAAUCACGUCUUGGCCGAUGACGACCAGUCAAGUCUAGACUCGUUGGGUCGUCGCAGUAGCCUUUCCCGUUUGGAGCCUUCAGACUUCCUGGAAGACUCUGACUGUGACAGUAUAUGGACAGCCCAUAGUUACAGAACGGGUUCUACUUCUCGUUCACGCAAAGAAUCUGCUCCACAAGUUUUGCUUCCAGAAGAAGAGAAGAUUAUAGUAGAAGAAACUAGAAGUAAUGGCCAGACAGUGAUAGAAGAAAAGAGUCUUGUUGAUACUGUCUAUGCAUUAAAGGAUGAAGUCCAAGAAUUAAGACAAGAUAACAAAAAGAUGAAGAAGUCUCUAGAGGAAGAACAGAGAGCCCGCAAAGACCUAGAAAAGCUUGUGAGGAAAGUUUUAAAGAACAUGAACGACCCUGCUUGGGAUGAGACCAACCUGUAAGGAACAGCCUGGUUCUUUGUAACGAGACCAGGUGGGAGGCCUCCUGACCAGAGUCAGUGUUAGAUGCAGAGACUGCAGAGCAGGGCCGCGCUGGAUGGACACGCUUUCUUGUUUUCUGUGUGUAGAAAAGACGGAGUUUAUAACAUGAACAAAAGUGAUCACACCGUUACUAAAGAAUCCAAACGUGAGGUAUAGAGACUGAGGACCCUGAACUGCGUUCUUUACAGUUAACAUCUGAAUUACCUCAUUUCGCAAUAAGUGCAGUGACUGACUAAAAAUCCUCGAUCCUUGUUUUCCAGACUUUUAACUGAAAUUAUAUAAAUAUUAUGUAUACAUAUCUCUUGUAGAUACUCAAUUUUGAAUGCAUAUCCAUGGUUGCUACAUCUGGGCUAACGCCCACGCUAGUUUCCUUCCUGCUAAUCUUUCUGGUCACGUGAAUUAGAAGUUGUCUUCACACACAUUCGCCUGAGAGUAGCGGCGUUGAAAGUACCUGGAUGCUUUUGGUGGCUGGCUGAUUGUUCUACACACCGUGGUUUCCAAAAUGCUGUCCAAAUCCUUCCCAUUUCAGUGUGCUUAGGUAAUUUAACCUUAUUUAUGUCUGCACUGAUUACUUUAAUACCACCUGAAAGUCUUCUCUUAAAGCAGUGUUACAAUCACAAACACACGUUGGCUCUGAGUGCAGCAUUCUUGGGCUGAACGAGUGAAGGGUCUGAGGCUCAGAUGCUGGUCUGAGGAGACAGCGUACAGCCACCGUGUCGAGGGAGGGUGUACGCCGCCGUCUGCUCUGUCUACGUACUCUGAUUACCGGAGCUGAUUCGCUGCGUUUUGGGGGAGCACACAGACUUCUAUAUAUAGGCUAGUUUAAUAACUUGACAAAGUGUACUAUUUUGUCUUCCCCACAAAAGAGAUAACUAGAACCUGUAAAUAAAAUGUAUUAUUUAUUAUAUA